AUCCCAGCUCAGUAGUCUGCUGACCGCCGAGAUGCCGAUGACUAUGUCGAGAUUACGGAGCAAGUGCAGCUUCACGGCCGUAGUGCUCCUGCUUCAGCUGCUGCUGGUUGAAAAAUCCUCGGCAGACACUGCAUCCCGAUCAACCGGUGGUCGCUAUUGCGCCACCUCUCUCUGCCAGGUCUACAAUGGAACGCAUCUGGUGCAGGCACCCCACAUAGCCUGUGGCAACAAUGGUAGCUUUGCUGCCAGCUGCGGCCCGGAGCCGAAGCUCCUGGACAUGAGCCAGCGGCGUCGGCAGCUGCUCCUCGACAUGCACAAUCUGGCCAGGUCACGGAUCGCCGGCGGUGAGCUGGAGGGCUACCAGAGCGCCGCUCGCAUGCCAGUGCUGCGCUGGGACUCGGAGCUGGAGCAGAUGGCCGCCCUGCAUGCCAAGCGCUGCCAGUUCGCCCACGACAAGUGUAGGAAUACGCCGCGCUUCGCGUUCAGCGGCCAGAACAUAGGCUACUUUUGGAUCGGCCGGGAGUUUAAGUCGCAUUCGCGGCGCAUGAAGUCGUUCGUGAUCAAUUGGUUCCGCGAAUACCAGGAUGCCAACCAGACUUUCAUCGACCGCUAUCAUCCGCAUCCACAGGGCAAAAAGAUUGGUCACUUCACAUUGCUGGUCUCGGAUCGUGUCCAGCGCGUGGGCUGUGCCGGCGUCCGCUUUCUGGAGCCACAGGCCAAUCGUUACCAGUUCAUGCUCACCUGCAACUACGACUACAACAAUAUCUUCAACGAACCCAUCUAUCAGGCAGGUCCUCCAGGCUCCAAGUGUCCCCAGCACCGGGUCAGUGAGAAGUUUUCAGGACUCUGCGACUGGCAGGAUGCCUCCACCGACAACGAGAGCGAGGAGAGUGCCGAGGAUGGCAACACCCUGGACAACAACAUUCCAUUCUAGAAGGAAGCUUCCUUCUUCGAAUUAAUUUCCAUUUUCCUGCCUCUUACCCAAAGGUACAUCCUUGAGAGAAUGUUCAAAUUAGAGUAUGUGCUGUACUCCGAUAUCAGAAACUAUAACAACAAGGACUAGCAAAUUGGGGGACAGUAUUUAUAUAAACUCCACGAACUUCCAGGUUUCUUCUACGAACUUUUUACGCCAAGAAAAUUAUAACGCUUUUAGUAUUUAAAGUAUAAUAUGAUAAUGAUAAGCAUAUGGGUUAUUGGCAAUAACACAGCUAUUUAAAUAA